AUGAUCUCUGCUUCCCAGGACAACCACAAGCUGUACAAGCAGAAACUCGAGGAGUUAACCAAGCUGCAGGACGGGAUCUCCAGCUCCAUCGCACGGCAGAAGAAGCGGCUGAAGGAGCUGUCGUUGUCCUUCAAAAAAUGCAAAGCCCACGCGAGCCCCGAACAGCAGGAAACCAUCCAAGAGACCCAGAGCCUGAUAAAAGAGAGGCAGAACGUGUUCUUUGAGAUGGAGGCCUACCUGCCAAAGAAGAACGGGUUGUACCUGAGUCUGGUGCUGGGGAAUGUGAACGUGACGCUGCUCAGCAAGCAGGCCAAGUUUGCAUAUAAAGAUGAGUACGAGAAGUUCAAGCUCUACCUCACCAUCAUCUUACUCAUUAUCUCCUCCUCCUGUCGGUUCCUUGUCAACACCAGGGUGACAGACGCCGUCUUUAACUUCCUCCUGGUGUGGUACUAUUGCACCCUCACCAUCCGGGAGAGCAUCUUGAUCAACAACGGAUCCAAAAUCAAAGGCUGGUGGGUUUUCCAUCACUACAUCUCUACCUUCCUCUCAGGGGUCAUGCUGACAUGGCCAGAUGGGCUCAUGUACCAGAUGUUCAGGAACCAGUUUCUCUCCUUCUCCAUGUACCAGAGCUUCGUGCAGUUCCUGCAGUACUACUACCAGAGCGGGUGCUUGUACCGGCUGCGAGCGCUGGGCGAGAGGCACAACAUGGACCUGACCGUGGAGGGCUUCCAGUCCUGGAUGUGGAGAGCCCUCUCCUCUCUCCUGCAGUUCUGGCAGCUCUACAACGCGAUCACCCUCUUCCGGAUGCUCCAGCACCCAGAAUGCAAAGAGUGGCAGGUCCUCAUGUGCGGCCUCCCCUUCCUCAUCCUCUUCCUGGGCAACUUCUUCACCACUCUCCGCGUCGUCCACCAGAAGUUCCAGAACAAGAACAAGGACAUGAAGCAGGAUUGA